AUGUCCCUCAGCCCCAAGCACACGACGCCCUUCUCCGUCUCCGACAUCCUGAGCCCCAUGGAGGAGACCUACAAGAAGUUCGGCCCCAUGGAGGGCGCCGUGGGCUCGCCGCUGGGCGCCUACCGCCCGCCGCAGGGCGCUCAGGGGGGCAUGCCCCAGCACGGCCACAACCCCGCCGCCUACCACAUGGCCCCCCCCGGCGUCUCGCAGUUCCCCCCCGGAGCCAUGGGCGGCUACUGCAACGGCAGCCUGGGCAACAUGAGCGACCUGCCCGCCUACCCCGACAGCGUGCGCAGCAGCGCGGCCGCCGCCGGCUGGUACGGGGCCAACCCCGACCCGCGCUACUCCACCAUCUCCAGGUUCAUGGCCCCGUCGGGCGGGAUGAACGUGGCCGGCAUGGGCGCGCUGACGGGCAUCGCCGAGGCGGCCAAGUCCAUGGCCCCGCUGCACGCGGCGCCGCGGCGCAAGCGGCGGGUGCUGUUCUCGCAGGCGCAGGUCUACGAGCUGGAGCGGCGCUUCAAGCAGCAGAAGUACCUGUCGGCGCCCGAGCGGGAGCACCUGGCCUCGCUCAUCCACCUCACGCCCACGCAGGUGAAGAUCUGGUUCCAGAACCACCGCUACAAGAUGAAGCGGCAGGCCAAGGACAAGGUCACGCAGCAGCAGCUGCAGCAGCAACAGCAGCAGCAGCAGGACGGCGGGCUGUGCCAGCAGCAGUCGCCGCGCCGCGUGGCCGUGCCCGUGCUGGUGAAGGACGGCAAGCCGUGCCAGGCACCCGCGGGCGGCACGCCUGCCCCGUCGCAGCCCGCGCCGCCCAGCCAGGGGGGCUCCAGCGCCGCCCUGCCCGCCGCCGGCAGCGUGGCGCACCCGCCGCACCCGGGCCAGCCCGUGGGCGCCCUGAGCCAAGCCCCGGAGCUGGAGGAGAUGUCGCCCAGCCCACCCGCCCUGCACGGCCAGGUGGGCGGCCUGGCGCCCAUGGACACGGCCAGCGUAGACUACGGCAGCAGCAUGGUCAGCGCCAACCUGCUCUAUGGCAGGACGUGGUAACCCGCGGGGGAGAGGGGCCGGGCUGCCCCCUGCGCCCCCCGGC